AUGUCCAACUUCGUGCUCUUGCUGAUCGCGCUGCAGGUCGAGAUCGAGUACAUUACAUCUACUCCCGGCCUGUUCAGAUACUGGAGCCGUCUGCUGAGCGCGACGUUGCUUCCAAAUCAUCGAGCGUCUGAAGUAUAUUUCGACGAGCACGAACCAAUCUAUCGAGAGACGUCACCACUUUCAAUUGUGAAGACACGACUUGCACCAGAGAUUGACGACGAGCAAUACCUCCCACCAGUGAGCGUGGUUCCGAAGAACGACCCAGGACUGCGAGUGCUUCUACCAGCCCUACAAUCCGGCGACUCGUUUGGCGGGUUUGAUCGCGCAAUGUCCGAUUCGGCCAUGUCCGGCCUGGUCGAUGGGGGGAAUGGGGCGACCGCUAUCAGUGCAGAUCAGUUGAAGCUGGACAACAUUGGACCAUCCUUGCUUGAAGCGACCGCAGCUGCUGCAGUACAAGCAAGCGACAGAGAUGCACACCUGCCGUCAGAUCCUAAAGAGCCCGAGAGAGUUGAUUCUGCGCAGGACGGCCAGGGUGACCCAUCGAUGCCUCCAUCGGAUCCAAAGUCUAGAGCAUCUCUGCAUAUAGAUCCUCUGCCCAUGAGAGAGCCGUCGGCAUCAGCACCUAGAGACUCCAUGGCGAAUUCACCCACACUUAGCAAGCACAUGCAAUCAACAGAUCAAGGCACAGUGGAUACAUUACCAGCGGUCCAAGUAUCACCAAGAAGAGAAGUUCCGCCGAUGCUGCCUCAAGCGCCGAGUCUACCAUCUAUCCGGCACCUAACAGAUCUGGCCGAGGCGGCCAUGCAGCAAGAUCCACGAGCAUCGCAUCAGCACAGCCAUCCUAUCAAUCCGGCGAUGACUCAACAACCUGGACCUCAAUUCCUCCCUCCCAACUUUCACGCCGCCAGUUCACAUACCACACCAUCUGGAUAUCAAUCCAGCUACAGCCGGUCACCAACCAGCACCAUUGGCGGCGACAUGCAACAAUACCCUUCUCCACACGCACAAUUCUCCGGCUCCUCCUACUUUCAAGGCCGUAGGAGAUCCACCAGCAUCAACAGCAAACCUCCGCCAUUCCUCACGGCCAUGCACUCGAUGCCCUCCGUCUCAUCAUCCGGCGAGAGCCAUGGUCAUCCGCAUUCGAGUACAAGCACCGAUGGCUACAGCACCUCACAUACGACACCAAUCGAUCACGCCGGCCCCGGCGAAGCUCUCCCUCGACCAAUCCUACCACCACCUCCCGGCAUGACAAUGGCCACCUACGAUAUGUAUCGAUGCGACCACCCUGGUUGCAACGCCGCGCCUUUCCAGACGCAAUAUCUCCUGACGUACGACACCCAGACCACGGAUCGCAAAGGUGACUUCAAGACUAACGUUUCUCGCAGCUCCCACCGCAACGUCCACAGCCAAGUCCGCGCACACUACUGUCCCGUCAAAGGCUGUCCACGCAGCGAAGGCGGCAAGGGCUUCAAGCGAAAGAACGAAAUGAUUCGCCAUGGACUCGUACACAGCAGUCCCGGAUACAUAUGUCCGUAUUGUCCGGAUCGCGAACAUCGGUAUCCGCGGCCGGACAAUUUACAGCGGCAUGUCCGCGUCCACCACGAGGACAAAGACAAAGACGACCCGGUACUGAGGGAAGUCCUCGCGCAACGACUGGAAGGCGAGGGGAAGCAACGGCGGAGGAGAACACAGGGGUCGAUUUCGUCGUUGCAUAAUGAGACGUCGAAUGAGUCGACUACUUCGGCGGGGAUGAUGGAGAGAUGA